GUGGUAAAGAAUGAGCUCAUAUCACACACAACCAACCCACAACUCUGACGCGGUCUGACCAGAGUGAUGUCGUCUCUUCUAAAGGAGGAGAUGCAGAGAGUUUUAUUCCGCCCUGCAAAACAGAGACUAGUGGAGUUUAUUGAGAUUGAAGAGCCGACAUGUGGACGACAUUUUCUCUGUGUUUCAGUUGCAAAAGGCAAAGUGGUGCAGUUAAGUAUAGUGCAAUGUCAGAUAUCUAAGUCGUCCCUGAAGUCUGGAUCCAAGAAAUCUCACACCAAACGCUCCAGCAUCCAGGACUCUUACAGGAGGACAGAGAUGUGGUCCCUACAAAACCUAACUCUUGUUGAUGGACGAGACCCUGAUGUGGACGACCCCUGUUUCCUGCUGCACUUCGACAAGGUGCGUACAGUGACGGCCACCAGCUGCUCAGCCAAAUACGCUUUUGUUCGUGCCCUGGUUGCUCUCAGCGACCGACACUGUCAGAGGUCACUGAACCUGCGGAACUUUGACUGGACUUACAUCAAGCCCACCUCCUUCUACUCCAACAGAGGGGACUGUGUUGUUCUGUCACAGAUUUGCUUCUAUGCAAUGAAUUUGGUCUGUCUUUCCAUGUGUCCUGUGCCUCUGGAAGUAUAAUAAAAUGACACAGUGGCUGUGUGUUUCAGUUUAGUUGUGUGUAUGCGCACAGUUUGGAAAGCUGCAGCAAAUGUAUUGUGUUUUGUGUUGAUCUGGUGGUGUGGAGUAAAUGUAAGCUUGUGGCUUCUGUUACAAAUUAAGGCUUUGACAAGAAGUUAUACACCAUGAAAUGUGUUUUGCAUUAAUACUAUACUGAAUGUACCAUCAUUACAAUUGCAAAUUUCAAACUGGUUGGAAUUUGUUAAAUUCAUAAUCCACUUUUGUGAACUUUUAAAUACUUGUACCGGGAAAUAUUCUAUUUCAUGUAAUGCUGCGAAUUUCAAACUAUGUGGUGAAAAAAUAAAUAAAACAA